GGGCGAGAGGCGGGGCAGCAGCUGGGGCCUGCACCCUGCCCGGGGUGGGGCGAGUCCCGGUCCCCGCCGGCUGUCUGGGGCCGGGGCAGAGUUCCAGGCCCACGGCCCCCGCGUCGUAUCUGCGCCGCCGUAUCUGUGGCCCGCGCUGGGAGCGGGCCUUGCGCGCUCGCUUUUCCUGCCUGCGAGCCCGAGGUCCCAGGUUUCGGGGAUCCGGUGCCCUCCCCACCCCCCGCCCCCACCCCCGACAGCGCCGGCAGCUGGAAGAGUCGCUGGCCUCGGUCGCCGUUAGGUAAAGCAUUUCUGAAGGUUGAAGAUAAAGCAGAAAUCUUCUUUUGAAUAGAUGGAUUUUUGUCACUUUCUGUGAACCAAAGCGAUUCAAUGUCUCUUCUGGAUUGUUUCUGUACUUCACGAACACGAGUUGAAUCACUUAGGCCAGAAAAACAGUCUGAAACCAGUAUCCAUCAAUACUUGGUUGAUGAGCCAUCCCUUUCCUGGUCACCUCCAUCCACUAGAACCAGUGAAGCAAUACGUUCUACCAAUGUUUCUCACUAUGAACUGCAGGUGGAAAUAGGAAGAGGAUUUGACAACUUGACCUCUGUCCAUCUUGCUCGGCAUACUCCUACAGGAACACUGGUAACUAUAAAAAUUACAAAUCUUGAAAACUGCAAUGAAGAACAGCUGAAAGCUUUACAGAAAGCAGUGAUUCUAUCCCACUUUUUUCGGCACCCUAAUAUUACAACUUAUUGGACAGUUUUCACUGUUGGCAGUUGGCUUUGGGUUAUUUCUCCAUUUAUGGCCUAUGGUUCAGCAAGUCAGCUCUUGAGAACUUACUUUCCUGAAGGAAUGAAUGAAACUUUAAUAAGAAACAUUCUCUUUGGAGCAGUGCAAGGAUUGAAUUAUCUUCACCAAAAUGGCUGUAUUCAUAGGAGUUUUAAAGCCAGCCAUAUCCUCAUUUCUGGUGAUGGCCUAGUGACCCUCUCUGGCCUGUCCCAUCUGCAUAGUUUGUUUAAGCACGGACAGAGGCAUAGGGCUGUGUUUGAUUUCCCACAGUUCAGCACAUCAGUGCAGCCGUGGCUGAGUCCAGAGCUACUGAGACAGGAUUUACACGGAUAUAAUGUGAAGUCAGAUAUUUACAGUGUUGGGAUUACAGCAUGUGAAUUAGCCAGUGGGCAGAUCCCAUUUCAGGACAUGCAUAGGACUCAGAUGCUGUUACAGAAACUAAAAGGUCCUCCAUAUAGCCCAUUGGAUAUCAGUAUUUUCCCUCAAUCAGACUCCAGAAUGAAAAGUUCUCGGUCAGGUGUGGACUCUGGGAUUGGAGAGAGUGUACUUGUCUCCAGUGGAAGUCACACAGUCACUAAUGAACGGCUGCACACACCAGCCUCGAAGACCUUCUCUCCUGCCUUCUUUAGCUUAGUACAGCUCUGUUUGCAGCAAGAUCCUGAGAAAAGGCCAUCAGCAAGCAGUUUAUUGUCCCAUGUAUUCUUCAAACAGAUGAAAGAAGAAAGUCGGGAUUGCAUUCUCUCCCUGUUGCCCCCUGCCUAUAACAAGCCAUCAGAAGCACUGCCUCCAGUGUUGCCUUGGACUGAGCCACAAUGUGAUCUUUCAGAUGAAAAAGACCUAGACUGGGACUUAUAGGGCUGCCAAGCCAUUUCAUGUCCUAUAUACUUGACACUUUCUCCUUGCUGCUUGUUCUGCUGUAUUGCUAGGUACAAAUACCAGAAUUAUACUUGAAAGUACAGUUGGUGCACUGGAGAAUCUAUCAUGUAAACCCCUCUGUCUACAGGGCAUGACUUUCUAGUCCUCUUCUAUGUCAGAGAGCCUUCACAACUCCAUGGCAGCAUCAGAAUUACUCCUCUAGCUACAGUUAGUAUCAUCUCUUCUUCAUUUCUCACACACACACAGCAAGCUGUGACCCCCACUUCUCCUGAUCUCUCAGU